AUGUGGCACUUUAAUAUCGUGCUUUACCAAAAAUUAACUAUGAAAAUUAUAAUUCUUCUCGCUUGCCUGGCAGUAGCUGUAUCUGCUAAUACCCAAGAGCAAUGGAAAAGUUUUAAACAAACCCAUCAGAAAUCCUACCGUUCCCUCAUUGAAGAACGUCUUCGUUACCAAAUUUUCUCCGACAAUUUGGAGAAAAUCCAUCAACACAAUGCUGAGUUCGAACAAGGAUUGAAAACCUACAGCCAAAGAGUCAACCAGUUCGCUGACUGGACCGAAGACGAAUUCAUCGCUUUCUUAAAACUCAACGGACCAGCUCAAAAGGUUAAAUCUGAUGAAGUUUUUGAAGCCAUUGAAGCUGCUCCACCAACAAAAGACUGGAUAUCAUUAGGUGCCGUAACUCGUAUCAAGGAUCAAGGAAGCUGUGCAUCAAGCUGGAGUUUCAGUGCUGUUGGUGCUUUGGAAAGCCAAAUCAUAAUCCAAACCGGCAACUCGUUUUUGUUGUCUGAACAACAAUUGAUAGAUUGCUCUGGUUCCUAUGGAAACAAGGGUUGUGAUGGAGGUUCGAUGACUUCCGCCUUUGAAUACGUCAAAGAUCACGGUAUCAUGGCCGAAGCCACCUACCCAUACGAAGAAGUUCAGGGGGAGUGCAGAUUCACCAACGAAAGCCGUGUCAUACUCAAGUCCUCCGGGUAUGUCGACAUCAAAAAAGAUUCGGAAUACGAAUUGAUCCAGGCUCUUGGAACUGUUGGUCCAAUCUCUGUUGCGGUCCAUGCCUCACCGAGUCUUCAAUUCUACGGAUACGGUAUUUUCAAUGAGGUUCAAUGCCCUCACCAUGAUUUGAACCUCGGUCUUUUGGCCAUCGGUUAUGAAAAGGAUCACAUCGUUCUCAAGAACUCCUGGGGAAUAUAUUGGGGUGAAGGUGGAUACGUAAAGUUCCAACGUAACAAAAACUUGUGCGGCAUUGCCUCCAUGGCAAGCUACCCAAAAUUAUAA